AUGGCGACUGCUGAGAGUCCAAAGAACGUCAGCAGACACUCGGAUCUUCUGACUACUCUCCCAGACGUUAUUCUGAGCCAUAUUCUCUGUCUCGUUUUUGACGAUGUGAACCAAUGCACUACCAACGCGCUCAUCAUGAACCGGCGUGUUUUCUCAUUGGCAAAACCUAUAUUCCUGUCCACGAUCGUCUUACACUCGGAGCUAUCAGUCUUACACCUCAUACACCGUUGUAUUUCCUCAAGUCAGACGAGCCUUACAGCUGCCGAUAGGGAAUACGUCAAGUGUAUCGAAGUCAAUUUCUUACCAUCAUCUCAACAGCAGACCCUCGCGGCACCCAGCGUACUCAGCGCUGCUACCCCUUUUCCAAACCUUCGCACUCUGAGGUUUCGUUUUAACAUUGGAGUCCCGUUGAUGUCGAGCUUGCCUACUCCAGAAAUUAACCAGCGACUUGUCGCAUAUACAGCCGCACACGCUCGUUGGCUAAGGGUGGAUUCGCCAUUAUUCGAUCUCUUAUCGAGCUUCAAGCCGCAGCGUUUCGAAUGGAUUUCUGAAGUUUCUCGUGGCCGAUCUAAGUUAGGCUCACGUGUGGAGGGAAUCGCAGCAUCUAUGGUCCGACCUAUUCAUGUUCUUGGUUUUCACGGUGCUUUCCGAGCUCUUAUCAAGCGCUGGGACAGUCUUACACACAUGUAUCUGGAUGGUAUCUGUCUGCUUGCCAAACACUGCACAUCGACCUUUCACCUUGCCCUCCUCGCAAAGCAUAUGCAUAUCACUGUGGAUUCUCAUCGGGACACCUUGCAUCUCUUUUCUUCAGCUCCCCACGUUUUUUUGGGAUCUCGCAAAUGCGAGAGUCUGGUGGUUGAGCGUCCUAGAGCGAAGAAAGAUCGGACAUCCAUCUAUAAUGCCGUUCUUAGACCUGGAACCUUACUUUCUUUUCGCGGCUUCUCAUCGGCUCAGUGCGCAUUGUUCAAGUACACGUUUUUUAGCACAGAGGACCAUCGAUAUCUCGGGCCGGUACCGCCAGAACAAGUUAUCCGAACCGUCAGGGCCGGGGUCCGCGAACUACGGGGGUUGAACAUUUCUUGGCCCACUUCAGGCAUGACAACUGUCACUCGCCCUUCGGGAAUUGCCUUGUCUCCUGACGAAGCUACUACUAGCCCUCCUACGCCCCGACAUUCGAAACCACGCCCUACCCUCGCUUCUGUCGUAUCAACAACUAGCUACUCCACCUACAUCAUUGGCUUCAUCGCUAUCCCUGUCGCUAUUUCCUUCACCAUCUUGUAUUUCAUGUCAUUACCCGCUAUCCACUAUCUCCAACGACGUCUUAAUGCUGCCUCCACUACGACUGCCUCUGUGGCUGCCUCUGCGCCUACCGCACCUCGGGACAGACCUCGAUCACGCGCAGCAUCGUCCCUUUGA